ACGGCUGAUGACGCAGGAGCCCGCGCUGGCCGUUGCCGCGACUGGCUUUGCGGAGAGGAUUUGGGGUCCGGGUGUGCGGACUCCGGGUGCAGCAGACCGAGUCGGGUGGUGCUGCCAGGUAAUAAUUCCAAGAUGCCAGGGCGUUCCAGUUCAAGUUCAGGUUCAACUGGUUUCAUAUCCUUCAGUGGUGUAGAGUCUGCUCUCUCUUCCUUAAAAACCUUCCAAUCCUGUAUCAGCUCCGGAAUGGACACAGUGUCUAGUGUGGCUUUGGAUCUUGUGGAAACUCAGACUGAAGUGAGUAGCGAAUAUAGUAUGGACAAGGCGAUGGUUGAAUUUGCUAUAAUGGAUCGAGACCUAAACCAUUAUGUUAAGGCUGUUCAAUCUACAAUAAAUCAUGUAAAAGAAGAACGUCCAGAAAAAAUACCAGAUUUAAAAUUAUUAGUAGAGAAGAAAUUUUUGGCUUUACAGAAUAAAAGUUCUGACAUGGACUUUCAGAACAAUGAAAAAUUUGUACAGUUCAAACAACAGCUGAAAGAACUAAAGAAGCAAUGAACUGCCAGACUGUUUUCCAAAGCGACUGCACCAUUUUACAUUCCCACCAGCAGUGUGUGAGGGUUACAAUUGCUCCACGUCCUCGUCAACACUUGUUAUUAUCUGUCUUAUUGAUUAUAGCCAUCUUAGCGGGUGUGAAGUGCUAUCUCCUUUUGAUUUGCAUUUCCCUGAUGGGUUAAUAUUGUAAUAUUUAUUUUGCUAACUAAGGCAGAAGUUUUAAUCUUGUACUUUUAUAUGGAUACUGUCUUAAAUGACCAGAUCAACUUUCUCAAAACCAUAGCUCUGUACAAGACAAAUGCCAUUAUUUAUGGGAUUAGAGUUAUAUCUGGAAAAAACUCAAGGUAAAUGAUUUGGAGUUAACAAUACACACUCACCUGGGAGGUGGGUUUUGCAGUGAAUUCACUCACAGUGUUCCAGGGCUUUUAUCUGAGUUGCUCAUGUACUAUUGUAUGACAUUUACUGGAUAAUCCAGACAGCACUUCGAUUAAAUCCACAGUGUGAUGUCACCCAGUAAGCACUUGAAAAUGGAGAUGCAUGUCUCUUCUGGUUUUAUCAGUCAAGAUUAGAAGUGGUUCACAGCACAGUGAACUUUUUCUCCUGUGUUCUGUCAGUCUGUGUUUCAUUGUGGGCCAAUAAUCUGUCACCUGAAACUACUUAAAAUAGGUUGGGCUUUCUUGAAUGUUGUGUUGCUGUGAUGACAUCGGAUCUUGGCUGCAGAAGAAGGGAAAGAACCUUUCUUUGACUUUUGGUUGCCUCCAUACCUCUUGUUUCCAGUAACUGCACUGCCACUUUUAGCCCUUAGCUUGUAUUUCUAGGCUGUUCUCUGUACUAGUUGUACCUUCCAUCUCUUUAUCUUUUGGAACUCCUACUGUGGUGAUCUUUGUGUUUCUGACAAAGAAAGAAAAUUGAUACAGGACUUGGAAGGUAUCAAGAAUUUCAUCUUCUUGAUUUCACCAGCCACAGAUAUGUAAAAAGAGCCUCCACAGCUGGGUACAGUGGUGCACGCCUGUUAUCCUAGUGACUUAGCAGGCUGAGGCAGGAACAUUACAAAGUCAGGGACAGCCCAGCAAUUUAGCAAGACCAGGUCUCAGAAUAAAAUAAAAAGGGCUGGGGAUGUAGCUCAGUAGUAGAAUGCCACUGGGUUCAAUCCCAAGUACCCGCAAAAGAAACAAAUAAGUAAAAUAAAAUAAAAAGAACAUCUACAAAGGCCAAUUUGAUGAGAAAAGAAAACUUUAGCAGAAUUCAGAGGAUGCAUUCUUCAGACAGGGACUCAUGAUCCCUCAGAAACCUCCCCCAGAAAAGAGACCUCAGCAGACUGCUCAUGUUUUCAGACCCAUACAGAGAGCCAGGUGCAGAUCCAAGUUCUCCCUCUUGGGCUGUGACCUCCUUCCUUCAGGUAACACAACUGGGGGAGGGCCUAAGUGGGACAAAAGAAGAAAAGAGAAGAAUCAAGAGUUGGUGAUUCAUCCAUUCAUACCAGGUCACCAUACGCCUUCUGCAUUAUUUGUUCCCUAACUUUUAAUGUGGAUUCAUGUGGCUCAGUUGGGGAAUGGUUGAAAGGAAUAACUAGGUUUAUAGGAAGUGUUUGAAUCAUGUCUCUCCCAAAGUAAAGGGAAACAGCAUCUUCAUUUAGUUACAAAGCUGGAUUUGUUUGUUAAGUUUUAGUCAGUUCUCUUUUGAGCAUUUUGUUAAUUAAAUAUUAUUUUGGAUGAAAUGUCAGUAUAUCAUGAUGCCAUAAUAAUGGCUUCCACACUGAGGUUCUGAACUACUGAGUAGUCCUGCUCCACGUGCCUUCAGAAUAUCAAAGGACUAAAUAAUAUUUAUUGAGGUACUAAUAGGAAUUAUAGUUUAGAUUCUAUAGUUGAGUAAUAGCAUCUCCCAGUUUCUAUUAAUACUAAAAAAAACAAAAGUAAGCAUUUACUGGGCAUUUACCGUGUGCUGGGCAUUGUCCCGAUAACCUACACAGAUUCUCACUUAAUUCUUUCCCUCACCCUCUGAACUAGGUACUGUUUUCAUCUUCAUUUUACAAACGGAGGUUUAAUGAACUAUGGUGCUCGCUGUAUGCAGAGCUCACACCUUAGCUCCCCCAACCCAUGUUCAACUUCCCCUACAGGCAUGGCAUAUUUAGUAAAAGGCUGUCCUUUCUUCUGUGUCACAUACUAGAAAUGGGAGGAAGUGGCAUGAGAGAACAGAUAUGCAGGUUUGUGUGCCUGAGAGGGAGCGUACCCUAAUAGGGAUGCAAAUGAAUUUUGCUCUGAUGAAUUUUACUCUCCUAGGACUCCCCCACCUCGUGGUAAUUUUUACAGCAGCUUUGAAUGUUUCCUUGCAGAGAAGCAAACUCAAGGCUCUUUAUUCAUGUAAAGAAAAAAAAAAAAAAGUCAAGCCAGUUGUAGUGGCACACAUCUGUAAUCCAGCGACUGGAGGCUGAGGCAGGAGGAUGGCAGGUUCAAGCCCAGCCUGGACAAUUUAGUAAGGCCCUGUCUCAAAAUGAAAAAUGAAAGGCUGGAAUGUGGCUUAGUGGUAGAGCACCCUGAGUUCAAUCCCCAGCACUGGGGUGGAGGGGUGGUAGGGAUGGUCAAGUUGCACUUACAUGGAACAAACGUGAAUCAGAGGAUUUUUUUUUCUAUUAAGAAAUUAGAAUAAAAAGAAUGUUACUUAUACUGAUUUCCUUAUUUUGCAGAGAAAAUACAGAGUAUAUUUAGAAAUUCAGGGCUUAUUUUCUUUCUCAUUUAGAAACAUGAAGUUAUUCAUAGUUACUUAUCCAAUUAAACUGUUAGAUCAUUUCACUGGGCCAUUUUACUAUGAUAUAUCCUGAAAGCAGUGAAUCAGGUAACACCUCUUUCGCAUAUUCACUCAAAAGCAAACCCAUUUUUAGUAACCUGUGUUUCUGCUUUCAUGCUUUUCAGUUAAGGUAAAUGUGCAUGCCUACAAAAAUGCCUGGCCAAAAGGUGGCUCUGGAAGCCAGCAGUCUUCUCCAGUACAAACGAGACUCCCUGGAGCUUACCACAGCCCAUCCUUCCCUCCCCUGCAAAGGUCAUUCUUUAAUCUGCUCUGUGAAAAUCUUCACCAGGUAUUCAUUUUGGGGACAGGCAGCCUAUUCCAAUGUUCUAAAUGGUGGAGAUGAUUUCCUAUGUUUGGCCAAAUUUUGUGUUAAGACUUCUUCCACCCCAGCUUUUCUUUCUGGAAUGAGACACAGAGUGGAAUAGCAUAAUUAACAUACACUUAUUGAUUACUUCCAAUAGGCAAAACAGUUGUGAAAGGUAUCAGAAUGUAAAUGUGUAUGCUGUGUGACAUUAACCUUUAUGUGGCAGAAUAGCAUGGACUUUGAAGUCAGAUAGUUGCAGAAAUAAUGCUGACUGCCUGCCAGGCAGUGUUGCAAGCACGUCAGAUAAGUUACUCAUUGGUCCUGACCACAGCCCUCUGAGGUGUGUACUGUCAUGUUCCCAUUUCACAGAUGAGGAAACAAAGUUAUGAAACUCGUUCAAAGUCCGGGCCAGUAAGUGUGAGAACUACUGUUUGAAGUCAGAUGUUCUGGCUGGUCUCUUGGCUCCUGGGACUCAUGGCCAAAGCUGCACCUAUUAGCCAAGUGAAGGGGACGUGUGUGUUAUGGUGAUCGCACAUCUAGUUCAUCUAUGGAUUUCUUUUCAUUUUGUUUUUUUUUUGUUGUUGUUUUUUCCCCCUAAGUUUAGGCCCCACCCAGAAUUUCUGAUUCAUUCAAAUACUCUGUGGUAUGUGGUUUGUUGUCACCAAUUUGAGACUCGUGUCAACAUUGCUUCAGAAUAAGCAGGGUGGUUUUUAAAUUAAUCUUCUUGAUAACUGCAUAACUCAGUGCAGUGUCAGUCAGCAUGAAUAGGAUUAAGUUUGGGGUGAUAUUGAAGAGUCUGACUUCAUAAUCCCAUAGCAGUUGUUUCCCGGGAUACUUAAAACAUACUUCCUUGCUCCAUGUAUUGCUGAAAUAUUUAUCUGCGUAUAUACCCAGGGUAGCACAUUUCAGGAAGAGCUGAUGCCAGUAAAAAGGAAUGUUAUUAUUUUCCUCUAUAUUGAUAGUUUCUUUGCUGUGACCCAGUGAACAUUCUGAAAGUAAAACUUUCAUGUAUUUAUAACAACACCUACAAACAUUUUGCAUUUUUAGGUCUGUACUUAGUGGUACUCACGAGGUUAUAAAUAUUCUAGUUGAUACAGGUUUCUCAUCACUAAGUCUCUGGAUCAAGAGGAGAUUAUUUGUCAACAUGCUACCUUCUGAAAGUUAGAGGGGCCUCCUAAGGAAAAUGUAAUUACUUCUUUAAUGCAAUUAUUUAAUGAGAAUUUGGGGCAGUUGAUUUUACUGAGAUUAGUUAAGGAACUUUUGACUUUUAGAAAGAAAAUGUUAUAUAGUUUGAGAACUGUUAUCCUGACCAUAUAAUUUUGGCUUUUGUGAACUAGAACUGGGUUACUAUAUUUUAGAUGCCAGUCCAAGUCAGAUCCAAGGUGAUAAGGCAGAUUAGAGAUCUGAGAGGCUGUGGAGUCUCAGUAGGGUGGCACUGUUCCAUUCAACAGUCACUUAUCAAGCUUCUCUAAUUCACUAGACACCUGGGAUGCACACAUGGAAAGGUUAUUGUCCCUGCUCUCAAGUGUACAUCUGUGAGGUCACUGGGGUAGACAGGGAUGCAGUGUUCAGCAAGUGUUAGAGAGGAGGAAGAUCCAAGGUGCUUUGAGUAGACAGAAUAAUCACUUACCCUGGCCUGAGGAGGGGACAGAAAGGUGAUCACGGGGGCUGGUCUGCAAAGGCUCCCUGAGGAGGGAGUAGAGUGCUGAGGUGAGUCUUUGAGGACUGGUUAGUACUACCAAGGUGAAGAAUGGGUGAGAGAACAUUCUAACUGGGCUGUCAUGUCAGCUCCCAGUAGUGACCUGUCUGACCCACUGACUUCCAAUCCUGUCAUUAUUUGACCUUAAAAAUUACUUCUGUAUCACAGUAAUUAGCUGGUUUUAUGAAGUAUUACUUAAAGGAAAUGAAACAUUUGGGCUUUGACUUUUUGUCCCUGAAAUGAACAGUGCCUGUGACCAUUUCUCCUGGCCUCCUCCAUCACAACUUGUCAGGGUUGGCUCAGGAAUAUGCUAGAACCCCAGCUACUCAGAUCAAAGAGAAAGGGAGAGGGGUGCUAAGGAAAACUGCCUCCUUGUGGUUGGCAUCCAGAGGAAACUGUAAAGCUGGUGGCAGUCCUAGUGAACAGAAUCCCAAGGAGUUACUGAACAUGAUGAUUUCCUGGCCAGAAGUAGCAGGUGUCAGUGGUUCAUGGUAUCUAGCUCAUGUCACUUCCUAGCUCAGUGACCUUCAGCAAAUUAGCCUCUUAAUUCUUGGUUUUCUGCUCUAAAAUAAGAAUAAAAACAGUAUACCCCACUACCCUAUGAGGCUGAGGGUAGAGUGUGAGAUGAAAUUAACUUAUUCAUGGGAAGCAUGUGGAACAAGGUAUUAGCUACUAGGGGACAGAGUCCCAGAUCCUUCAGAAGGGGCAGGCAAGAUUUCAGGACCUCUUCUGCCACUACUGAACUCCAGGUCUGCCCAAGAUUAGUUUACCACACUAGGCAGUGUGUUUUUUGCUUGCAUUGCAUGUGCACCAGGGAUAGAUGAGAGGAAUCGGUCCAUGCAAAGACCUGAUGUGGGAGCCUGUGGGGAGGUCCCCUUGGAAAGGGGAAGGAAAGUAGGAGAUGACAUCAGAGAGCUGAUAAGGGGCAGAUGGCACAGGGCCUCCCAGGCCAUUUGAAGGAGUUCAGCUUUUACUUGGUGCUCAGCAGGAAGUGAAAUUGGGAGAAGAAUGACAGCAACUACUGCUAAGUGCUUGACCUGUGUUUUCCGAUUUAAUCAGAUAGAACGAGCAGAUUAGAACACUGAUGUAGACCAAAUGACACUGUCCCCAGAAGGAAGUUGAGGUGAAAGGGGCUGGGGAGCUUAUGGGGCAGUAUUUGAUCCUAGAUCUGUGUGACUUCUUAUCAUCCUGUAAUUUAGUGAGUAUAGGGAUGUGCUUGCCACCAGAUUGGGUGAAACAGACUAGUUGUAGACUCCAUUUGACCACUCUGUAAGACCCCUGCUCAGGAACUGGAUAGGAAAUUGGUGCCUAUGCAUUCAAACGACUCUGAAAAUCAGGAACAAAAAAUCUUGGAUACAUCACACAGGUAUUUUUCCUGGGGCACAAAGCAGAUAAAGUGUUCAAGAGCUGACGCUUCUCACCUCCAGCAUCUCUAUUUUUCAACUGAACACUAUAAAUGCUCACUGUUCCAACAUUUUGAAACUCCAAUGUUGCUGAAUGCUUUUUUAAGGGCAGGAUAGAAUCAAAGGCCAAAAUAUGAAAGGUUCAGUUUCCUGUUACUGACCAUAUAGAGAAGAAAAUGAGCCUUCAGAGCAGCUGCCUGUACCUAUAAACCUGUGCUCAGCUCUGACACAGAGGAGCCUAUGGGAAGGGUCAGGCUCCUUACUCUGGGAGAUAUUGUUCUGAACUGAAUGGACACCCCCAAAGUCAAGUUGCUUGAUCAAAACCAAACCAAGGUGUAGAACAUGAAAGUCAGUCAGAAGUCUAAUUGAAAAUAAGUUAAUUCAUUUUUCAGGACCAAAUAAACUGGACCUGCCCAGUAAUCUUUUUAAUUCAUACUUAACUAAUUUGAAAUUUGUGAUGACCAUUGAAGGAGCUGAACUAUAAGGCAGUUUUAUAAAUUAACUGUCUACUAUUUGCAAAGUGCACUUCUGGGUACCAAAAAAUGCAAGGAUAAGUGGCUUCUGUACCCUCUUAACUGUGUAGGAGAUGCAAGUAAUUUAAAAGUACUUAGGGUGCACUGUACUACCCCGUUGGCUAUAGACAUCCAUUGCUAUUGUACACAACUAAGUAAGCUGUAUACUUAGCCAAAAUGGAGAGAGAAAAUUUAAAUGGUGCAGGUAAUUUCUAUGUAGCAUUUUCACACUGAGCAUGAGAUGAGAGAGCCCAACCUGCUGUUCCCUCAGGUGGCCUCAGCUUCCAUGCCACACUCACAAUGUAAAAUACAUUGCAUCAAGUGUGAUUUUUAAAAACAUUUUUAUGGUACUGCGGAUUAAACCCAGGGGCACUGAGCCACAUCCCCAGCCCUUUUUAUUUUUUAUUUUGAGACAGGGUCUCACUAAGUUGCUUAAGGCCUCACUAAGUUGCUGAGGAUGGCUUUGAACUUAUGAUCUUCCUACCUCAGCCUUCUGAGUCAUUGGGAUUACAGGCGUGCACCACCAAACUGGCAAGAAGGAGAAAUUGUCCAUCUAAUAUGACCCAAGGUGCAUAUCAACUACUUCUUGUGCUGGCCAAAGAAGCAACAUCCUUUCCAAUCCUGGCUGGGUUUGACCUUUCUAAGAGAUGGUUGGAUUGGCUUUGACUUCUAUGAGAUUUUCAUCCCGUACAUUGACACCAGUUUAUUCUCUACCUAAGACAUAAAUUCAUCACACUGACAAGAUAAACAGACUUGUCAGUGAUAAUAAAUCUGACAGAUUCAGACCAUGGACAAGUUAUUUGACUUCUAUUUAUAGCUAAUGAUUAACCUCUUUAUUUUUAGAAAAACCUAUACAGCAAAGAUACUUUCCAAGCUUUAUUGGCAUAGUUGUGAUGAUUAAAUGAAUAAUAAGGGAAGAUUCUGGCAAGAUAUUUAGCAUAUUAAGUGGUAGCUGCCAACCCAGUCCUAGCAGGUGUGGAUGUAGGUUUUACCUAUGGCCGGUUUUUAGGCAGAGGAACGAUGUGGAAUAGGACUUUGGUGUGCCUGUGAUGUAUGGGCUGAAGGAUAGACCUGGAGCAAGGAAACGAGCUGGCAGGUAGUUUCCGUGGUUUAGACAAAUAUGAAGGCCUCAAUGAAGGUAAUGGGUGGAGAGGAGGAAUCCAGGUUUGGGACUGUUACCAGCAGAACUGCCAAUUCUUGGGGACUGUGGUUUAAGAGACAGUGGGAAGAAGUUCAGAAGUGAAGCAUGGCUUUUGGUUUUCCAGCCUAGGGGGUUAAAUGACAGAGAUACUGAAUUCACUGGUACAUGGAAUAAUAAAAAGUACUUUUUUAUGGCAGUCUGAAAUCAUAUACCUGCCACUGAGCUAAGGUGUUUAAUACAUUAUUUGAUUUAGUCACAGCAACCUUAGAGAAUAAGCAGAAUCAUCACCAUCUAAUUGUACUGAAAAUCUAAACUCAGGGGUCCAAAGUCAUGACUAGUCAGUGUCUACCUAGGACUUGAACAUGGAUUUGUCUGGAAGCGAAGGCUCCCUUUAAACCACUUCAAAUAAAUAAGCCUCUCUCUGGAAGAGGGGAAAUGGAAUGGAGACAGGACAGAAAGAAAACUUAGUUCUGGAGACUGUUUGAGUUGCUCAUGUCAGCCUGAGAUAUCUAGAGGGCAGUUGGAAAAUCAGAUCUGUAGCUCAGGGAAGGGCUGAGGAGCCACGUGAGGAUCUCUGCACUUCAGUUUUCACAUCUGUAAAGUGAGGAAAAUAAUAGUACCCCUGGUUCUUAGGGGUCCCUAAGGAACAUAGAAGUCAGUCCGUGUAAAGCACAAGGGCUGUAGAGCAGGAGUUAGGUGUUAGUGUUGCCUCUCUUUGAUGCCAUUCCAUACAACAGCAUGUUCAGAUGUGGACACUGCUGGCGAGGACAGAUUCAUUCCACCCACUGCCAGUCACAUAUACGCCAGCUCUCCUCUCGCUGAAUGUGGAAGAAGAGGUCCAGCAUUUGUCUCUUCUUUUAACAUUGAGGAUUCCUGGCCUGUGGUAGAACUGAGUGAUAGUUCCUAGUCUGUAGCUUGAAUUUGACUAUCUCCUCUGUAAAAUAGAAGCCCCUUCCUUCCAAUCCCUCUUCAUUCCAUGUGCAGUGCUGUGUUUAGAAACCCCCAGUCUGGGAGGACAGUGGAAAGCAUGGCUUAGGAUGCCAAGGAGGCCAGGUGACUGGGCAGCCAGCUCUCCCCUGGUUUCUACUCCAUAGUGUGCCCUCAGAUCAGAGGGGAAUAUGAUUCCUUUCUCCCUAGCUGAACCUUUCUGCCAGUCCUGUUGAGCUGCCACUUGGAAGAUCCUGGUUGACAUCUCCUGGACUCUUUUUUCUCUGGUGACAGCAAAGAUCAAAUUCUGGAUUUUUAAAUCCUGGUAGGGGCUGGAAAUAGUUGGUUGUGCCUCAUUGUGAAGCCAUCUCAUCUCCCUCGCAAGCACCUCUCUAAAUUUGCCUAGAGAUCUUGGGAUACCUGCCUCUUCCAACAGGCAGAAGUGUAGAUUUGAUGUUGUUAGUGGAAGAAACCCUUCUUGGACCUCUCCCUGAGGCCUCACGGGUAGAGUUAUAAGGACUCUGCUGAGCAAGCAGCAGCACAGUGGGCUCCAUGGAGAUGUGCCAGCACUAGUUUGCCUCAAGUGCGCACCGAGGGCAGACAGCAGCACUCUGUGAGCUGGAUCCAGCCCACAAAUGUGUUGGCUUUGGCCCACACAGUUGUGUAUUACAUAUAUCAAUUAGUUGCAACAUACAAUAAUUGGGAGGUUUCACAUUAAAAUCAGCAUUUCUAACUUUUUUUUUUCAGUAUCGUCUCUGACCACGUAUCCUCUGACCACAUGCAAACAGUCUGCCCAAAUGAGAUGGUGGCCCUCCUUUCCACUCUACCUUGCCACAGCCUCCACCUGGCCAAAUCCUAUUCACAUGUUCAUUUCCUAGCCUUGAAGGCAUGAGAGUUUAUAAACCUUCCCACAGAGCCCUGUGCCAUUUCUCUGCAAUAUAAUCCCAAAUGAAAAGCAAAAAUUCUUCUCAUUACACUCUCUGACCUAGUUUUAACAAGGUGCUGAAUAACUAAAUCUCAAGCCUUUGCUAUUGAUUUAAAGAAAGUAAAGCAUUCUUUUUGUCAUUUAUUUCAAAAUCAGAGUUGAAGUUUAUCCUCGCCUGAUAUUCCUGAGUCAGAGAAGUCUGCUUCCUUUGACCCUCUUUAUGGUAGCGUUUUUUUGCUGUUCUGGUUUCUUCCAGCAAUACAGGCCAAACAGCAACCUGCAGUCUGACCCUCUGGCCUUGUCCUUAGUCAUCUGCUUUUGGCUGCAGGUAGAUUGAGGUUGUAGUUUAUAUCUGGGGAAGGAAGCAUGGAGAUACAGAGGGGAAACAAGACACGUGUUUCUCUUCGAGAAUGGAAAACUGUCCUGAGGCCACGUGAUACACAGGCAGCAUGCCCAAAAAUAUUUGCAAAUUAUUUUUUAUUAAGCAUUUUUUGAGUUGUAGAUAGACGCUGUACUUUUUUAUUUUAUUUAUUUUUAAUGUGCUGAGGCGCGAACCCCCAGUGCGUCCCACAUGCUAAGCAAGCGCUCUCCCAUUGAGCUCCAGCUCUAGCCCCAGAUCAUUUUUAUUGUGAAGCUGUUUGCCUCCUCCUUUUUUUUAACCAGCUGCAUGGCCAGCCCCCUCCCCCAGGCUCUUCAGCCCACCCAUUUGGGUUAGCAUGCCUCACUUAGUGAAAUCUGCCCCAGCCCGAAUUCUUGCCCCUUUGUGCCAUGUCUUUACUCUGAAGAUGAAAGGGGAAGUGCAUUUCUGUUGCCUCCUGCUAGCCACUUGCGGGCAAUUUGAGCAUGAAAACAGAAGCCAGCAUGCAGUGCUCCCUGAAGGAAUUGUGUUGUGGAGGCACAAAGUGGAGUGAUCGCUGGGUGGAAGUGUAACCAGCGUACAGUUCCUUAAACACCUUGGGAGCUUGGGGCCAAGAGUCACGGCAUUGUCAUCAUUGUUUCUCUUUACCAUAGAUACGUUUUAUUAAUUUGUUCAAAUUCCCAUGGCUCCAGUUUCACAUGAGGUCGUGGACUUCUCAGUCAGAAAGUUUUUAGCAGCUUUGGUAGGUCUGAAAUUUCAGAGUAUUGAGCAAGGCCUACACUGAGCUGCAGCAUGAUCUAAUAAGAUUGGACUGUCAAAACAAGAAGCACCAGUCUGUGGUUCAAAGGUUUUUAAGAAGGAAAUUCGAAGCUCAGCUGUGAGAACCUCAGAAAGAUCAUAAAAUAUGGAGGAUGGAAGCCGAUUUCCUUUUCAUUUCUACUGUAAUAGAUGGGACACUUGUUGUAUAUUUAAACAGAGACACUGAAGUGGAAUGAGAUAUGAUUAAAUAGAAACAAUAGAUUGUAUCUUUCCUUUCUAUUGGGAAACUCUAAUCGGUUGUGUAAUUAGUAGGGUGAAGCAUCAGAAAAAUACUUGAAACAUUUUGUUAAAGCCCUGAAGGGCCCUCAGGGAGACUAGCUCCAAAAUGUCAAAAGAGACCAUCCAUAACUCAGACCAAGUUAGACAGGAAGGAGUUGCAUUCCCAGCUCACCAGCUGUGUGAUUUGGGGCAAGUUAUUUAACCUUUUUUGCUCUUUUUUUUUCUCCCCAAAAUGAGAAUUGGGACAUUAUAGGAUUGUCAUGGGGCUUCAAAGAAAUAAUGUGUGCAGAACGCUUGGAGCCGUGCCUGGCAUCCAGUGAGUGCCCAAUAAAUGAUCCCAGCAGCUAUUAGGUAACAUGGAAAUGUGUAAUCGCCGUGUGGGAUACUCAAAACAGUCUUCAAAAUGAAAACCAGAGUCACAGAUAGUUUUAUUUCUGUUUUCCGUAACUACAUUUAAUCCCCAGUUCCUUUAAGCUCCUCUCAUUUUUCUCUAGUGUCCCUAGAGUAUCUGGUAGUUUCUUGCUCGCCUUACCAUUCUCACAAAUAAAUGCUCAAGACUAAAUCUCAAGGAACGUUUAGGCUGGUGCUGGGGCUGAGUCACUAUGACCUGCCUGGGCUCCUAGGUUACACUCCUUCCCCUAUUCAUUUAUUGAAGUGUGUAUUCGAAUCCUAUGUCUUGCUGGAUUACAAUGUAACCAUUAACAAGAUGUGUGUACGCAAUGCCUAUGUGUGUAAUCACUUGUAAUAAAACAUUAAUAAAGAAUAUGGUUUAUUGAUGAA